AUGCGUAUUUGUUUAAAAUGUGGUGUUGAUCCAAAUGCUGGUGGUAUUCAUCCAAAUAGUCAAUAUAUAUUAUCAAAUAGUUCUAGUCAAAUAAGUAGUCGUUUAUCAUCUGAUUUACCUCGUGCAUCACCUUGUCGUAAUGGUACAUUAGAUUAUACUAAUUAUUAUACAACUGAACGUUUAUUUACUUUACCACCAUUAUUUUUGGCUGCUCAACGUAAUAAUCAUUAUGCUUGUUUACUUUUACUUAAAUAUGGUGCAAAUGUAAAUAUACGUGAUGAACAAUAUUCUAGUCCAUUACAUUUAGCUGCACGUUUACAACAUAAUGUAUGUGAAAUCUUAAUAUAUAAUCAUGGAUCAAUAACAAUAGAAAAUAAAUAUGGUGAUACACCAUUAUCAUUGUGGCCAAUUAUAAAACAAAUUCAAACAACAUUUGUUGAUAAAGAAUUUCGUAAAUUAUGUCGUAAACAUUCAUUAAAUUCAAAACGUUAUCGUUUUUUAACACGUGAUAAUGAACAAUAUCAAACAACAGUAUCAUUAAUUAAUAAUAAUAAUAAUAAUUUAAAUAAUAAUAGUUUAAUACCAGGAAAUGGUUUAAAAAAUUUAAAACGUGUUUUUCGUUAUAGUGGAAGUGAUUCAUAUGAUUCAAAAUCAUUUAAAAAAAGUUUUUCAUCUCAAAGUUCAAUUGGAAAAUCGAAACGUAUAAUAACAAAUAAUAUUCAACACAAUAAACAAGCUACAUCUUUUAUUCGACCCGAUUCAAGACAACUUUCAGAAGAACAUGAUGAGAAUGAGUUUACACAUAAUCAUAGACAAUCAAU